AUGAGCGAGGAACAGAAUCACGACUCCUUCAAUUCGUGGGAGUUGAACGGACUGAACUCCUUGGAUCUUUGGGAUUACACGGUCGAACUAGAGUGUUUGCAAGGAACCGAAGAUUUGCAACUCGCAGCUGAACUCGGGAAGACACUCUUAGAGAGAAACAAGGAGUUAGAAACAGCUCUUCGGCAACAUCAAAAUGUAAUCGAAGAUCAAGCGCAAGAGAUCGAGUACUUAACAAAACAAACCGUCGCUCUACGUGAGGUGAACGACUCAAGGCUGAGAAUAUACGAACAGCUUGAAGUAAGCAUCCAAGACUUGGAGCGAGCAAAUCACAGGCUAGCCGUCGAUCAUGCCGCCGAUAAAAAACAUAUUAAAACUUUAUGCUCAAACAUCGAGACACUGGAGGGGAGAUGUGAAGAGCUUCAAAAGACUGUGGACGACCUGAACGCUCAAUUAGAGAUCGUCAGACGAAGGGCUGAACGAAAACCCGAGAGCGCAGAAAAACCUAAAGAAAAGGAAACAAAACCAGUUGAACAAAUUACGCCGAACGCUAAAAAGCCAAAUGUAAACAGUACACCUGUAAAAACUGUCGCGCCUCUUCCAGAACUUACGAAGGAGGAUGAACAUUUGCUCAGAUUGAGCGAUGAAUUAAGAGAAAAUAAAGCAGCUUUCGCACAAGAACAUCGACGAGUCACUGAGUUAGAAGAACAAUUGGCGUCUAUGGUGCAGGAAAAUAACAGAUUACAAGAACAGUUAAGGAAUUGGAACCAUAGAGAUGACGAGCCGAAGUCAAUGCAUGAAGAAUUCGCUAUUUUGGAAGAAGUGAGACAAGGACAACUUUGCAUCCGAUGCCUGCGAGGCGUCGAAGGAGGGGACGAUAUGUCGUCCAUACUCGACGGCGAUGACGACGACAGAAGCGUAAUCAGCUCCUUAAUCCUCACACCCACAGGCCAAGACAGCCCCAGACAAGAUCACGUCACAAGCAAACUGGUCAAAUUUGAUAACGCCAAAGAAAAGUUACUUCAAGGUAUAUGGGCGAAUAAGGACGACGGCCAAGAGAAUCCAUAUAGAGAGCUGGUGCAGAAGUACGAAGCUCUUUUAGAAGUACAGUUGUCGCAGGUGAAGAACAUUAAGAAAAACAAAGAGAACUCGUUGCCCGCACAAAACCAAUCCGGCCCACUCUCGCUACAAGACGAGCUGCAAACAUCAGGCGACUACAGUCAGUUCAGCGUUAAAGAUACUGACGAAGAGAGUGGACACGGUGAGGAGACUCAUAAAGACAAAGAAAACCAACCUAAGAAAGUCGAACUUACAUCCCGCAAGAAGAUUAUACAAACGCCCGACUUCUCGGAAGCGGAAACAUCCAGUUCUGGAUUCUCUGAUGAAACUAGCAACAAAGCAACACAAACAGAGCGCGAAAGGCCUGGCUCCUUCCUGUGCACAAUUGCGGACGGUGAAGAUUACCGAUUUAGCAUUUACGAUGAUGUCAGCCCAAUGGACAGCCGCUUCCGAAACAGGCCGGAAUAUCGCGAAUUGUUCAAAGAGAUUUUCACUAUCCUUAAAAAGGCAGCAGAAAACAAAGACGAAGGAGAGAGGCUGCCGCUUCUUGAUGAUACUUCUGCAGGUAAAGUACCACCGGUUACCCCGGCCACGGAGGAAUCCCCGGGCAACUUCACUGAUGAUACACAGAGUGUGUUGUCCUCUGCAAUGUCUGAGCAAUCUCUACCUGUAUCCGAUAUGACCGCACCAGAAACACCUACUCUCAAGGAAAUGGUGCAACCGGCUCCCGAGCCAGUUAAGAAACAGGAAAUCGAAAAGAAAACAGAAAAUAAGCCUACAGGUGUGGCGCCCGCUGAGAAAACAAAGGAGAAAAAUAAAGUGGUAGAAAACGAGAGAAAAUUGGAAGAAAAGGACAAAAACAACGAAAAAGAGCGAGUUUUAACGCCCCUCGUUCGUCAACCAUUGGAAUACAUCGCGGCUACUAGAAAGAAAUCAAGGCAUCGCAACCGCAAACAAAGUCAGGAUCGUCAGGGCGCAGAUUCACCAGUGUUCCCCUCACCACCAAAAAUCACCUACCAGAAACAAUCAAACAAAAAGAGGCGAGACUACAGGCCGAUCGAAGUCAGUCCCCUUGUGAGAGCAAACGAAACUGAAUGGAAUGGGAACACGAUGCAGUUCUACAACCGAAACAUGCAAUCGCCAACUCCUAGUGCCAGCGGGCGGACCGGCAAGAUCUACCAAGGAUGGAACUCGGAAACCGACUCCUGGGAUAUCAAACAGAGCACAGCGUCACAAGAGAUUCACAAAUUGAGGAAACUUGAGCUUUCCUACGCCGAAGUACUGAGAAACGCCGAUAAAACAAAGAACAGGCGCAAGAAGCACCAGUAG